GACUUCUGAGCUACAUCAAUUCCACCUCCUUUCAGGGGUCGCCAUUUUCUCUGUGGCGCCGCAGUGGGGAGAGGACGCGAGGUUUCCAGUUCCACGGGGGCUACACAGGACAGGGCCUGGACUCUGCGUGGCCGGCCGGUAGUGCAGGCCAAGCCCCCGGCACGUGUGUCAAAGGCCUGUCUGGGGCAUCCAGCCCGGGAAGGGGGAGCUUUGAGUCCGCAGCUGCGCGCCGAGUCGGAGAAAGUGGAGCUGCCACCCGCUCUGAGCUUCAGGCUGGCCUCUGAGGGGCACUGAGGAGGGAGCCGGGCUGUGGCUGGCGCAAGGCCGGUUAACCGCUUGCCCGUUUCUCCCCGGAAGCCACCUUUCUAGACCUGGAGAAAGGAGCAACCCAAGAGGUCUAGCUGCGGGGAAUCGCAGGGACUACUCACAGGAGCGGCUGUCUGUGUCACGUCCCGGAGCCCGGCGUUGUGAAGCUCCAGGGAUUUGGGCUCAGAUCUGGCGCCUGCCAUUAACCAGGCAACAAUUAAUCUUCGUAGGAUUCAGUGACUCAUCUGUAAAUUGGUGAUUCCUGAGGCUGCAAGAUAAGGUCUUAUGACUUCUGUUUCCAACUUUCGCUGUGCUAGCUUCAUAGCAUAUCCUUUCCCAAGAGCAGUAGAAAAUGAACAAAUUCCAGGGACCAGUAACAUUCAAGGAUGUUAUUGUGGAAUUCACCCAGGAGGAGUGGCAAUUACUGGACACUGCUCAGAGGACUCUGUACAGGGAAGUGAUGCAGGAGAACUAUGGUCACCUAAUCUCAGUGGGUUAUUGUGUGAAUAAGCCAAAUGCACUUUUCAAGUUGAAGCAAGGAAAGGAGCCCUGGAUAUUAGAAGUAGAAUUUCCACAUCAGAAUUACCCUGACCUAUGGAAUAUUCAUGAUCGAGGAGGAAGAUACCAAAAACGCCAAGCUGAGAAUUCAAGGACUGGAGAACCCACGGAUCAGAAAAUUCAUACCAGAGCAAAAAUCUAUACAUGCAAUGAAUGUGGGAAGUUCUACUGCCAGAAGUCUGCUCUAAUAGUACAUCAGCAUACCCAUUCAAAGGAUAAACCCAGUGAGUGUGGGAAAUCUGUCUCUAGGAAUAGAGAUUUCGCAAGACAUGAGAAAACUUACACCAGACAGAAAGCCUAUGAAUGUAAAGAAUGUAAGAAAACUUUCUACUACCUGUCAUCUCUCAGUAGACAUUUGAGGACUCAUGCAGGGGAGAAACCCUAUGAAUGUAAUCAGUGUGAGAAGUCCUUCUACCAGAAGCCACACCUCAUAGAACAUCAGAAAACACACACAGGAGAGAAACCGUAUGAAUGUACUGAAUGUGGGAAGUUUUUCUAUGUUAAGGCAUACCUAAUGGUACAUCAGAAAACACACACAGGGGAGAAACCCUAUGAAUGUAAGGAAUGUGGGAAAUCCUUUUCUCAGAAAUCACACCUUACAGUACAUAAAAGAACACAUACAGGGGAAAAACCCUAUAAAUGUAAGGAAUGUGGGAAAUUCUUUUCUAGAAAUUCACACCUCAAAACUCACCAGAGAACUCACACUGGAGAGAAACCCUAUGAAUGUAGUAAAUGUGGGAAAUGCUUCUAUCAGAAGUCAGCCCUCACAGUACAUCAGCGAACUCACACAGGAGAGAAACCUUUUGAAUGUAAUAAAUGUGGAAAAAACUUUUACUAUAAAUCAGACCUUACUAAACAUCAAAGAAAACACACAGGGGAGAAGCCCUAUGAAUGUCACGAUUGUGGUAAAUCUUUCUCUGUGAAUUCAGUCCUCAGGUUACAUCAAAGGACUCACACUGGAGAGAAACCUUAUGAAUGUAAGGAAUGUGGGAAAUUCUUUUCUCAGAAGUCACAUUUUAUUAUACAUCAGAGAAAACACACAGGGGAGAAACCCUAUGAAUGUCAAGAGUGUAAGAAAAGUUUUAUCCAGAAAUCAGAACUCACUGCACAUCAGAAGACACACACACAGAGGAAAAGAGCUUAUAAAUAGUAUGAAUUGGGGAAUUUUGAAUGCAUCCUUCAGAAUAAUUAGAUAAUUCUUGAAAGACAAAAACCUUAUGAAUAUCAUCAAUAUGGAAAAAUUUAGCCACAAUCUCUCAUCACAGAGAGGAUAUACACAGAGAAAUUCUAUAAGGGUAAAAUUUUUACCGUAUGACAGUGUAGAUGGCAGAAACACUACAAAUGAUAAAGUAUGAGGAAAACUUUCAGAAGUCAUACUUUAUUGUACAAUAUAGAAAUCACACAGGAGAAAAAUCCUGUAAGUAAAAUAAAUGUCAGGAAAUUUUAUGCCAAGGCAGCCAUGAUUAGACAUGCAAAAGCUCACAUGAAUGAGAAACUCCUAUUAGUAUCCUGAUCAUUCAAAAGUCUUUCUGCACUAGUUGGACUCACAUUAGAACACUCAAAGAGGGUAACUGCAAAGAUUGGAACAGAUACAGAAGCCUUUAUCAGAAAUGAUGUUUCAGUGAAUGUCAGAUUAUUGCUAUUGGGAUAGAACCUUUGUGUAUGUGAAAGCUUUCUAAAAGAAAAUUCAAAGAGAAUCUGUACUGAGGCAAACAGUUAUUCUAGAAGUCAUGUUACAGAGAUCUGAUUGUAAGGUGUUUUUUUAGAAAACUGCAAAUGUUUGGAUAUGUGGAACUUUUGAAAAGUACAAAUAAAUUGAAUAAUUAGUCAACAUCGCUAAUACGUGGAGACUCCGGUAGUAUGUAGGACUUUUGCAUGUAUGUGACUGUGCUACAGAAUACAGAUUGUGGAUUUUUCAUGUGCAUGUGGAAUCCAUCCACAAUUAUACAUAGGGAUUAUGUAACAUUAGUUCAAUAACUUUUAUGCAUAUUAAAAUAUUACAUAUUAAGCUUCAGCAGUGAUUCCUAUUGUUAAUCUAAUGUGUAUUUAUUGUUUACUUUUUAAAAGAUUUUAUUUAUUUAUUUUUAGAGAGGAAGGGAGGGAGGCAGAGGGAGAGAAAUAUCAAUGUGUGGUUGACUCUUGUGCGCCCUCCAA